AUGGUGUCUACAGAGCCUCCACCAGAUCUCCAAAAGCCCCACAUGACCUUUGGGAUCAUCUCUGACAUACACUAUGCAGACUGUGAGGAUGGAACUAACUUCCUCAAAACCCGAGAGAGGUUUUAUCGCAACUCCUUAAGCUUGUUAAAAAAUGCAGUCAAUGACUGGAAAUCUGGCGUGGACCCGGUUGCAUUUGUCCUUCAGUUGGGUGACUUGAUUGACGGCAAAAAUAAAAACGGAGGUGAAAUUGCUGUGAAGAAAGCCCUGAACACGGUUUUGCAUCCCCUAAAUUCCCUGUAUGUCCCGGUAUACCAUGUAAUUGGUAAUCAUGAGUUGUACAAUCUGAAUCGGUCAUUUUACCUCAGCUCCCCACUCAACAGCUCGCUGUCACUGAGCAUCGAAACAAGCUCCACUCAUUUCUACUACACAUCUCUGCCUCACCCCAGGCUGAGAAUCAUUGCCUUAGAUACGUACGAGGUCAGUUUACUGGGCUACGGUGAUCGGACAGAGGAUGAGAAUUUUAAAACUGCACAAAAGUGGUUCCAAGAGCAUAAUCACAACCAGGAUGUGAACAACAUUUGUGGUCUGGAGGGGCUGGAGAGGCGCUGGGCGGCUUACAAUGGUGGGGUCAGUGAUAGUCAGCUGAGGUGGUUGUCCCAGAUCUUGAUGAAAGCCAACACCAAACAAGAGAAUGUGAUCAUCUUCAGCCACGUGGCCAUGCAGUGCCAGUGUAAGGAUGGCUCUGUAUGUCUGGCCUGGAACUACAACGAUGUCAUGGACAUUGUCCGCCAGUACCAGUGUGUCAUUGCCAUCUUUGCAGGCCACGAGCACAUCGGCUGGGACUACCUGGAUGACCACGGGGUUCAGCACAUAACCUUCCCAGCCGUCAUCGAGACUAGACCUGGUGGAAAUGCUUACGCCACUGGACGUCUGUAUGACCAGUUCUUGACAAUCACAGGUGUUGGGAGGGUGCCUAGUUAUACAAUACCUCUGCGAUACCAUAUCUGUCCCGAUCUGUAG